AUGUCCAAUGCCAAGUCGCGAUGGAAAAUCUUGGCCCAAGCGAUUAAGUCUUCGGAUUUGACGCCCAAAAUCCAGGAUGAGCGCGGACUGGUCCGAUUCCCUUCCUAUCAACUCGUUCUGGCUCGACCCAUUUCGGCUGAAUCGACUCCAGCCUUGGCCGAAAAAGGCCAACGAGAUUGGUUUCUCAUUUCCUCCCCGCAUUUUCCGGCCCUCCAACUGAAGGUAGCCCAUGUGAAGGCCAACUUCUCCACGCAAGAUCUGAUUGGGUUCAAUAACACCGGGAACGUGUGUAUUUGGCCUUCAGAGGAAUGUCUGGCUUGGUUCCUGCUUGAACAUUCCCAUUUGUUCCAUGGGAAAUCCGUUCUGGAAUUGGGCGGAGGCAUGACCUCUUUGGCGGGUCUGAUUUUGGCCCAAUUGGGCCACCCGAAACGAGUUGUAUUAACCGAUGGCAAUCCCACGUCCGUGGAGAACCUCGAACUGAUUCUCAAACACAACCCCCAACUCAAAUCCAAAGUCGACGUACAAAUCCUCAAAUGGAACGACAUCCCGCCCGACAUGUGCGGAGAUUUUGAUCUCGUACUGUGCUCUGAUUGUUUAUUUUUUGACGAGUACCGAAAUGAUUUAACCCAAUGCAUUUAUCAAACCUUAAAACCCCAUGGCCAAGCAUUUGUGGUCGCUCCUAGUCGGAACGGAACUUUUUACCACUUUCGUGACCAAUGUCAAGAGCGUUUUGAGGAUGUGCGUCAUCUCGAAAAGUAUUCUGAGCAAGUGACUCGGCGGCAAAAAGUAUUGACCCAAGACAAAGUUUUCAACGAAGACAUUCAUCUUCCGCUCAUGCUUCAAAUCACCAAAGGGUUUGCGUUGAAAAGCACAUUGUAAGCUUGACAGAGUACGAUUUUCGAACGUCUCGUGAUUUUGCCGCCGCUUUCUGUCCUUCUUUCACUCGCGAUCUUAAUUCCGCAAUGCUCAUAUUGACUUUUUACUCGACCUUCAAGACCUCCCGAGAUCGUUUUGGCCGCAGUCCAAACUAUGUCACGUGUGGCUGAUUUAUCUCGAAACCUCCUUCUUUUAUUUGCUGUGAUACAAAACCUUAUCAUUCAUCAUCCGAACUUCUUAGACCAGUUCAAACGUCGUCAUUUACUUGAGUUACCAUAUGUUUUGCUAUGUGCGGAUCCCUCUUGCCAGCAGAAUGUGCACGAAACAAUAAAGAUAUUAAUUGGUCA